GAAAAAGGCUGGCCCGGGUGGAAAGAUUCGAUGACUUUAAUUUUUUUUGAAAAUGCUCAGUGGGUGCUCGCCGCUCAGCGGUGUGUGACGAGGAUUUUUCACCUUGACUCAUUUUUCAAGCCACUCAUUGGACAGAAAAGCUUCCCUUGAACUUGUGUGAUGGAAACUCACUAUGAAGUGCUCGGCAUCUCCGAGACGGCGGAUGUGGACUACAUCAAGCAACGAUUUCAACAGCUAAUCUUGGUUCAUCAUCCCGACAAGAACACUGAUUCAGCCAACGACCAACAAGUGUAUCGCAUUCUGAAAGCGUGGGAAGUAUUGAGAAAUGCAGAAAAACGACGUCAAUACGAUUUGGAACUAAAAGCGAGCCGAUCCCGUCAACAGAUCAGCAUCAAUGCGGAGAUCGAUCUUGACGACAUGGAAUACGACGAGGAAAAUCGAGUAUAUUUCUCUCCCUGUCGUUGCUCAGGUUUUUACGAGAUUACAGAGAACGACUUGGAACGAGGUGUAGAAAUUGUUGGCUGUGAUCUGUGUUCGUUACGAGUUCGGAUAUUGUACGACGUUGUUGAAGACGACGGCGAGUAGCCUGGCUACACAACCUACGCCCAACUGUAACGAAUUAUUGGAACUGGGUUAUCUACAGAUUCUCGAUUGUUUCGAUCUGUCAUCUGCUUUUACCACUUCCAAAACAAGAUUGCCCUGGAUUAGACUAAUGUCCUGUCAUUAAUUGCUGCAAUAGCGCUCGUUAACUCGUCACUUUCAUUCUAGACAUACUCAUGCAACGCAUGGGAUAGACAGUUCAUCAUAUUUAUUCAUUGUUUCUUGUAAUUCAUUUCGUAUCAUAUAUCUUAUCAUUCAUCCACUGUAUAGUAAAAAGUUUUCCUUUUGUCCAUUGCCAC